AUGGCGGAAAUCUCGGAAAGAUAUGUGGAACAGUUCGUGACAACGUUUGAGACAAUGCGUCGUCGAGCCAUUGCUUACUACGAUGGAGUUUUUUAUCUUGGAAGAAAGCUGGAGAAGGCUGCAGAACGUCUGAAAGAGGUAGCUGAACCGGCAUCUUACGAUGCUCGUGAUUAUGUGAAUCAGUCAUUGGCCGACAAUUCAGCAUUGGAUACAAUUGAAAUAGAAACAAAGAACAGUUUGGUGGAGAUGUAUCUCGGUAUUUCGGUGAUUCUGAUUGGUUUGGCUGGAGGACAACUUUCCGGAGCUUAUGCGUUGGCUCCUAUCAUCCAAUACUUCUUCGAUUCAUACGUCGUUGUUAUGAUUCUCAUCGCAUUACCAAUCUUCGUCUACUACAAUGUUCGCAAGAAUUCGAGUCUCGAUGACACCGAGCGACGUAGUGUUUUGUUCUCUUCUACUCUUGUUUUUGGAAUUUUCACGGGAUAUCUCACUGGACCACGUAUCCUUUCACUUGCUCCAUCCACUCUUUUCCUUCCUCCAUUUCUUUUCGCUUUGAUGUUUGACAAUGGAAUUGUUCCAACUCCUCUUUCGUCUUUGAAUCGUCAAAGUUUCUUCAUUUCGUUUGCUUCAGUCAGUGUGUUUCUUGCAACUUCACUUGCAUCCAUCGUCUUGGGCAGUUUCUCGACUGCUAUCUCUCUUCUCAACAUCGUUCAUGCAACCGGUCUCUAUCUUCACUUCCAGAUAAUUUUGCAACUUAUCAAAGACAAGGUCUUCUUGGUUGGAGAGAGCCAAUCGGUUUAUAUCGGAGUAACUAUUAUUCUGCAGUCCAUCUUCACUCUCUUGUUUGGUUAUAAUCUAGAGACUUCUCAAAAUCUCCAGAAAUGA